UCCGCGCGCAUCCGACGGUGGACAGCGGGUCCGGCUCGUGCCCGUGGAGAGAGCGCGGCUUUGAAGAAGCCAAGCCUUUCUCAGGUUCCCACCCACGCGCGCUCUCGCUCGCCUCGCCAAUCGCCACUGCGCGUGCCUGCCUGCUCUCCGUCCACGGGCAUGGACGCCGCUGCCCUCUUCCUCUCUCGCCUCCUCCCCCUCCUCGUCGUCGCGGCAAUCGCGGGCGCGGCGCCGCUGGACCCGCAGCAGCUGCUGGCGCUGCGCGCGCUAGGCCUGGGCGCGCACCCGCGCGCCGACCCCUGCGGCGCGGGCGCCACCGCGGGCGCGGUGAACGCUUCCUGCGACGCGGGGGCGCCGUUCCGGCGCGUCACGUCGCUCGCCCUCAAGAACUGCUCCGACACCACCUCCGUCUCGGCCGCGGCGCUCGAGGCGCUCGCGCCGUCGCUCCGGGCGCUGGCAUUCUCCGACUGCCCGGCCGCGCCGCCGCGAGCUCUGCCCCCGGAGCAGCUGGCGUCCGGGCUCCAGGCGUUCUCCUGCACCGCCUCGCUCCACCGCCUCUCCGCCGUGUGGCUCUCUCACCUCACCAAUCUCACUGAGCUCACCGUCGCGGACACGCCCCUCGCCACGGGCUCCCCCACCGAGCUCGCAGUCGUCGUCUCCCACAUGGAGCACCUCAUCCGCCUCACCAUCUCCAAUGCCAACCUCUCCGGCUUCCUCCCGCACCACUGGCAUUGCCCCAACCUCACUCACCUAGACCUGUCUGGCAACCGCAUCACCGGCGCCAUCCCAGACACCCUCACACUCCUCGCCGGCAUCACCCACAUCAACCUCAGCUCCAACGUUCUCAAUGGGCCCAUCCCCACCUCCAUCGGCGAUCUCAUUUCGCUCACCACCCUGGACCUGUCCAAUAACACACUCUCCGGUGGCAUCCCGGACACCCUCUCUACGCUGCCGGAGCUGGAGGUGCUCAAUCUGGGCUCCAACCGGCUCAACGGCAGCAUACCGCUGUUCCUAGCCGAGAUUCGGGGGCUGAGGGAGCUCAACAUCGAGAACAACGACUUCGACGGCAUGGUGCCCUUCACCGCCAAGUUCCUGUCCAGGCUGCGCGUCUUCAGGGCCGCCGGGAACAGCAAGCUGUGCUACAACCGGUCCGUGCUGUCCGCCGAGAUCGCCGUGGGCGUGGCGCCGUGCGACAAGUAUGGAUUCCCGGUGCUGCCGCCCCCGGCCACGGCGCGGUCGGAGCGAAGCGCGGACUACGACGACGGCGGCGGGGACGGAGAGGCGGACGCCGGCGCCGACACGAGGGGUGGACCCAGCGCGACGGUGCUCGGUGUGGCCAUUGGGCUGUCCUGCCUGGCGUUCCUGGUCAUCUUGCUCGUUUGCAUUUGCAAGGUGUGCCGCUGAUGCGCGGCGCCGCCUCUGCCGCCUGCUAUUUCUCCAUGGCUCCAUCUCCAUGCCAUGUCUUCUGCCGAGUUCGUUAGUCGGUUCUGCCCGAUUCUGCUGUUGCUCAUUGUGCCGUAAAAAAAUGUAUGAAGUACUGAUAGCUAGGAUCAAUUGACUCUUAAUUUAUUCACCUGUAAUUUUUUGGCGCCGUUCUUCGCUCUUGGUCGCGUUUCCGCCUUCAAGACGCAAAGAAUAGCUGUAUACAAAAGAGGGUUAUGUCAUUUGGAGGAGCAGCUAUGCCAAAUGUUUUGGGUACACAACCAGAUUUUACAA